AUGACCGACGGUGGACGGUACGUGUACUGCAAUGGGCGAGGACACGAAGCCACCACAUCGAGCGUAGAAGCCGGCAAGCAACACGGCUCCUCGCGGUUGGGUAUGAAUCCACGAAGUGUUACGAACCGCCACAUGAACUGGCUGAUACACGGACUGUACAGCAGAAAGCUGUACGGCCACUGCAAGAAGCUGAUCGAUCGUCAGCUCGCCAUCUGCUACGACAAGGAGUAUUUGCACUACAUGAAGGGUUUGAUUCAACGCGACGAGGGCAACACCGCCGAAGCCAUACACUGCUUCCAGCAAGCGAUUGCGGCCAACAGGAGGGAGCCUGAAAACUACAAGGAGCUCGCCAAAACGCUUUACACGAUUGGGAAGUUCAAAAAAUCUUUGGAAGUGUUUCUGAAGGCCGAAAGCAUGCUCGAACGUCCGGACCACGAGAUCUACCAUCACAUCGGCGAACUCUACCAUAAAGACUUUGGUCAGCCGCGGGCAGGAGUGGCCGAAGCAAAGCACUACCUCAACCAGGCCAUCACCUGCGGGAAGCACGUGGAAAGCUACAAGAUUUUGGCCGAAAUCUACAUCGAGGAAGGUGACAACAUGAAAGCGAUCGAAAUGAUAGAGAACUGUUUGCUUGUGACCCAAGAUGACGUGGCUCUGAUGACGCAGAUCGGGAUACUGUAUCUGAAGAUCAACGAGUACCAGCGGGCGUUCGAGAAGCUGCUCGACGCGACGGCCACCGACACCAAGCAUACCAACGCCCUGUUGGCGUUGGGCUCAAUUCUACAGUCUAAAAAUGACAUAGACGGAGCAUUGAACAAGUACAAGCAGAUAUCGAAUCUUCCGGACGAGAGCUGCGAAGUGUGGAGCAACGUAGGGCUGUGUUUCUUCAAAAAACAAAAGUUCAUCGCAGCAAUUUCGUGCCUCAAGAAAUCCGUGUGGACGUCACCUUUAAACUUUAAUGCCCUCUACAACCUUGGGCUGGUGCUGGUGACGGCGCAACAGUACGUUAGCGCGUUCCAGACGCUGGCGGCCGCCAUAAGCUUGCGCCCGGAGAACGCCGAGUGCUACAUGUUGCUCGGAACGUGCUUGCGGCAUUUAAACGAUCCGGGCAAUGCUUACUUGUCGCUGGAAAAGUCGACCAUGCUGCCGGAGGCCAUCAAAAAUCCACUCAUCUAUCUCAACUUUGCACUGUACUGCUACGAAGUCGGCAAGCUCGAUCAAGCCGUAAUGUACUUGAGCAACUUUCUUGAGAUGACGCAGCACAUCACCGUCCACCGUGAGUAUCUGAAAAUGGCCGACAGACUGAACGGAGCGCUCAUGGUGGUUGCCCGCGGGUCGGUACCUAACCCGAUUGAACCGGAAACUGGACACACCGAUGGACCCGCACCGAGGGCCAUAAAGGAUGGACGGACCGCGAUGGAUGAAUCAUUAGCUACGCUCGGUGAUCCGCAGGAGAGCACCGAUUUUGAUAGCGCUCUGCUGUGA